AUGGCAUUCCAGUCCACAAAGUCUUCUUACGGAUACCAGGAACUCUAUAUGCCCUAUUUUGAAGACCAGAGGGUCAGAGCUGUGAUGAUGACAGCCCCCGCUGCUGCUACUGCACGCCUCUGCAGCAUUUUGACACUUUGUCUUUUUUUGAUAUUGUUCGGAGUGACAGCUGCUAAUCCCAUUACAGGAGGAAGUCAUGAAAAUCCCGCUGUUGUAGAAUUUAUUAUUUUACACAACAAUGAUAUGCAUGCCCGCUUCGAACAGACCAGUGCCAAUAGUGAAAAAUGUACCGAGGAAUUGGCCAAGGCCAUGAGGUGUUAUGGCGGAUUUGCUCGGGUGGCAAAUGUUGUACGCAAACACCGUGACGAGGCCAAACAAACCGGAGUCCCUGUACUCUUCAUGAAUGCCGGAGAUACUUCGACGGGUACACCCUGGUUUUAUUUAUUCAGAGAUGAUAUUGCCACGGCUUUCCUUAAUAUUUUGCAACCAGAUGUCGCUUCCCUAGGUAAUCAUGAAUUUGAUUCCGGUAUUGCUGGAGCCAUACCCUUUCUCAACAAGGUAGAAUUUCCAAUUGUCACCGCCAAUUUGGACCUCUCCGCAGUACCCGAAUUGCGUGAGACAAAAAAUCUCCACAACUCUACAAUUUUGGAGGUAAAUGGUACGAAAAUAGGUGUCAUUGGUUAUCUGACUCCCGACACCAUAAAAUUGACAAAUUGUAAGCAGAAAUUGUUAACCGAUGAAAUUGAGGCGAUAAACCGAGAAUCUGAGAAUUUAAGGAAACAAGGUGUCAACAUAAUUGUGGCCUUGGGCCAUUCCGGCUAUGACAAGGAUUUGGAAAUUGCCGCCCGGUGCCCUGAUGUAGAUCUGGUGAUUGGUGGCCAUACCAACACCUUUUUGUAUAAUGGCGAACAGCCGGAUUUGGAAAGCAUUGAUGGACCCUAUCCGACUGUGGUGAAACAGGAAAGUGGUAAAGCUGUGCCAGUGGUGCAGGCCUAUGCCUAUACCAAAUAUAUGGGGAAGUUAUAUGUGAAGUUUGACCACGAUGGCAACCUUUUGGAUUUCCAUGGCUCUCCAAUUUUGUUGAAUUCCCAAAUACCUCAGGAGGAAGAUGUCCUGCAAUUAUUGGAGGUUUACCGUCCCAAAGUCAAGGAGUUGGAAGAUGAUACCGUCGGCCAUACCAAAGUCUAUUUGGAGGGCAGUCGGAAAGUUUGCCGCUAUCAGGAAUGUAAUUUGGGCAAUUUGAUUACCGAUGCCAUGGUUUAUGCCCGAAUACUGGAAGAUUUGGGAGGAGCGUAUUGGACCGAUGCGGCCAUUGCAUUUAUGCAGGGUGGAAGCAUUCGUAGUUCAAUCGAAAAGCGAUCUGAUGGCUCAAUAUUAGCCAUCGAUGUGGCCAGUGUGCUGCCAUUUAAAAACGACUUGUAUGUCAGCCAAAUAACUGGUCGUAGCCUCUUAGCUGUACUCGAACACUCCGCCUCUAUGAUUGAAACGGAAUCCAAGGGAGGUUUUCUACAAAUGUCCGGUAUACACACCACCUAUGAUUAUAAUAACCCCGUAGGAAGUCGUGUCGUUACAGCGGAGAUCCUUUGUGCCAAUUGUAAUGUACCCACCUUUGAACCACUGGAGGAGGGCAGACUUUAUAAUGUAAUUGUACCAUCGUAUUUGGCAAAUGGUGGUGAUGGUUAUACAUUUGUUGAGGAAAAUGGUCCAAAGCCACAGCGAAUGCAGGUCAAAGAUGCCGCUGCUCUCAGUCAAUAUUUAAAGAAACAUGAAUUUGUCUUUCCCAUGGUGGAGGAUCGUAUUACUAUUAUUCAGAAAUCGAUGGAGAAUGGUAAUGGCUAUGCGAAAAAGAAGAGAUUUAUUUAA